ACAAACUUUUCACUCUUUUUAGCCUGAAACAUGUCUUCUAAUCUAGAAGUUUAUAUAGGAAAGUAUCUAAUACCGGAAAUUGUGGCACAAUUGGACAAUGAAGAAUUGAUUUCGUAUAAAGCGAAAUCAACAGGAGGCUUAGAUAGUUUUAUGUCCAGUUUGUAUGAUAUUAAAUUAAAAACUAAAACCAGAGAAGGCAUAAAAGAACGUUUAUUAUUUGCCAAAUUUAUGCGUGGCGAUGUAAGUUUUCGUGAAACUAGCAAAUCUUAUACACAAUUUUCCAAUGAAAUCUAUGCCUAUGGUAAGGUCUUACCCGCCUAUGAUAAAUUGUUAAAAGAUUUAAAUGUUAAUAGUUUAAAUGUAAAAGAUUUAGUGGCGCCUAUCUACAUAGCCAAAUUUGGUUAUAUAGAGGGUUUAAGCUCUGCCCCUAAUGUCAGAGAAGCGGCUUUGGUUAUGGAAAAUCUUAAGUCAUUAGGCUAUCAAUUGGGUCCACGUUUGGUGUUGAAAACAGAACACCUUUUAAAUAUGUCUAAACGUUUGGGACAAUUACAUGCUUUGUCCUAUGCUUUAAAAGCUGUAGAACCCAAACAAUUCGAAACUUUAAAGUCGGGUAUUAUAGAUUUUCCAUUUAUUAAUGAAAAUGAUCCGAAUGAUAUUAAAAAUAAUAGUUAUCGUAUUUUACACCGACAUGCCUUUGAUCGUUUAUACGAUUUCGUUGAACGUAAACUUAAUACAGAAACUUUUAAUAAGAAAUGUUCCAAAGAUUUGAAACUAAUCGAAUGUUUGGAAAAAUUAAAAGCUAAAUAUUUUGAUUUACCUACCCGUUUGCCCGAGAAGUUAAGAACGAAAGUAAAUAAUACUGAAGAAGAUCGGUAUUUUGCCACCAUUUUGCAUGGAGACUACAAUCGUAAUAAUGUUUUAUUUAAAUAUAAAGCUGAGGAAGUAACAAUGUAUAAGGAUAAUUUUGUAAAAGAUGUUAAACUAAUAGACUUUCAGCAAUUACGUUUUGACUCUCCCGCUUUGGAUUUAUCUUUCUUUAUGUAUUUUAAUACCGCUGAAGAGGAACGUUAUGCAAUUUGGGAAGAUUUAUUGAAAACCUAUCAUAACACCAUGUUUUCUACUCUCUCCACUACUUUAAAAGCUUCCCAGAAGUCGGUAGAGGAUAUUUCCAAGAUUUUACAGAACUAUACUUUUGCUAAAUUUCUUGCGCAUUUUGCCCGUUUUGCCUUUUAUGGUGUUGUUAUCUGUUUGCACUUUUUACACUGGAUGUUUUGCAGUCCCCAGGAAUGUACGCGUAUAUCGGAGUUAUGGACCACCGAUAUUCAUGGUGAAGAAUUUCGUAAAUUGUCUUUGGAAGCGGGGGGAGAUGAAGUGAAUAUGAAAUUUUUGUCAAUUCUCAGACAUGCCUGUGAAAUGGGUUAUAUGGAUGAUUUGUAAGCGAUUUAAAAACUUAACUUUUCUACAAAAUUAAGUUCGAAAAUUUCGAAAUUUGAUUUAAACUGCAGUUUAAGACAAAAAACAACUGUUUAUAAGAUAAUAAAACAUAUUCAAACUA